CGCGUUAGCUCAGUCCUCACACUAGCGUUGACUGCCAAUCGUUGUGGGUUUACUUUAAUAUUUUUUUUGCGCUUUUUGUUAAUGGUGUGAUAUCAAAGUGCAUUUAGUUUUUGCCAGUGCUUGCUUUUUUAUAGCAAAAAAAAAAAAAUAAUCUUAUCGUAAGCAUGAGUGACAACACAAAUGAUUGCUAAGUGAAUUCGAACCGGUCGCAACAUUGAAGUAGCUUAAGAACAACAGCAAUUGACAACAAACAAACAAACGCCGUGUUUUUUGCCGUUUAGUCAUCCACUGCUAUACCGCCGUGAAACUUAGAGAGAAUGCCUGUAAAGUCAGUGUCCCGCCAGCAGAGCCAAACGCCCGCUCAGCAGUUGCAGCAGCAACACCAGCGAGACGUCGAAAAUGGCCUCUAUCCGAAUAUACCGGCCGAGCGGCGAUCGCCGACGCAUCCAGCACGGCCGCCAACGAUGCGUCAGGACACCAUUGACAUGGAGGAGGUGCCACUCAAUCGGUCCAACUCGCAGCCGGAAUCAGAGGAUCGCAGAAAAAUGCGGCAAUUAUUCGAAAAGCACGACUCGGAUCGAGAUGGCCUCAUCGACGUACACGAGCUGAAGGGUCUCAUUUCGUGUGGCCGUUGCCACGAUAUACCGCCACACAUAACCGAGCAGAUAUUGCGCCGCAGUGAUACGGACAACAAUGGGCAUCUGGAUUUUGAGGAGUUCUACGCCAUGUCGUUGCACCACAAGUGGAUGAUACGCAAUAUGCUGACCAGGUAUUGUCGGUAUGUGGUGCCACCGCCUCGUCCGCUCGAGGGCGACGAGCUAGACGGCGCGUACGAGAAGCAGAUGUCCAUCUGUCCACCGCCACUGACCAUGGUCAUUUUCUCCAUUAUUGAGAUCAUCAUGUUUCUGGUGGAUGUCAUUUACUUUCAGGACGAUCCCAACCACAACCAGCGCCUGGGCGAGAGCACCAAUGGACCAGCUGCGACGCUUUUCAUUUACAAUCCGUACAAGAGGUACGAGUCGUGGCGCUUCCUCAGCUACAUGUUCGUGCACGUGGGCAUCAUGCACCUGAUGAUGAACCUGAUCAUACAGAUCUUCCUUGGCAUCGCCCUGGAGCUGGUGCAUCACUGGUGGCGAGUGGCGCUCGUCUACUUAGCCGGCGUCCUGGCCGGCUCUAUGGGCACCUCGCUGACCAGUCCCCGCAUCUUUCUGGCAGGCGCCUCGGGCGGAGUCUAUGCUUUGAUCACUGCCCAUAUUGCCACGAUCAUUAUGAACUACUCGGAAAUGGAGUAUGCAAUUGUGCAGCUGCUUGCAUUCCUUGUGUUCUGCUUCACCGAUCUGGGCACGUCAGUGUAUCGGCAUCUGACUGACCAGCAUGACCAGAUUGGAUACAUUGCACAUUUGUCUGGAGCCCUGGCCGGCCUUCUCGUAGGCAUCGGGGUGCUGCGUAACUUGGAGGUGCGUCGCUGGGAGCGCAUUCUCUGGUGGAUAGCCGUCAUCUUCUACUUUGCCCUCAUGACCACCGGCAUCAUUGUGCACAUCUUUGUGCCCGACUACUUUCCCAAGGCCGAAUACAACUGAGAUCUGGACCAAUGACAAAUUAGUUUUAAGCCGCACAACCCUAGCCUUAACCUUAGUCUCAGGUUGUCCAUGUACAUGUCCAAAGUGCACUUGAUUUUGAUCUUGAUCUAGGCCAUCCCUUAGCUUGAGUACGUGUAGUUCGAUAAGUUUCAAUCCAUGCUAUUGCGGCACUGAAUUGUGCCACGAGCGGCAAGCUUUUCGGUUGUUGUGCAUCAUCAUUUAUCCUCGUAAUACUAACAUUUACUAUCUCUAUAUAAUUGCGAGUACUUUUCCAACCCAACGUAUUUACCCCCUAGCCCCAUGAUUUCAUAACAAAUCGUAUACACAUUUACUAUAUAUACACAGUAAGCAAUACAGAACACUUUCUCCUGGAAACUAAACACAACUCAAGUACCGGCUUUGAUGUAUACAUAUAUAUAUUUAUAUAAUUUGCUAUACACUUAUUAAUUCAUAUUUCGAAUUCGUAUGAAUUUACGUUAUUAACUGAAUCAAACUGCAAAUACAAUUGUUUUGAACGUAAAAAGCCAUACCACACCCUAAACAAGUACCAAAAUACAUUUCCUUGCCCCUUUUGUAAAUACAAAUAUUCGUUAUAUUUAUUCUGUACGCCUAGAAACAAGAACAAAGUAUUUAAAAACAAAGUAAAUUUGAAGUCGCCUAUCCCCAUUUGCA